AUGUCGCAAUUCGAAGAUAAUCCGUUUGGCGAUCCAGCCAUAGACAAUCCUUUUGCGGAUCCGUCAGUACAACAAGUCGCUAGGAGUACAAACAAUGCAACGAGAGGCCUCGACGAUUAUAAUCCCUUCGAUGGACAACAGAAUCCAAAUGCGUCUACACCAGCUCAACAGCCCUCACAGCCAGCUAUCAUGCAGGCGGUGUCUCCGCCGAUCAGUGGUCAGUAUCAGCCGACCAAUCAACAGAGCACCCAACCACCAACAAACUUCACAACAGCAGAUUUUCAAGAGCUUAAGAGACGGCAAGAAGAGUUAGAACGAAAAGCGGAGGAGCUUGCACGGCGCGAAGCUGAGCUUAGGGCUGGCUCUGCUGGCAGGAGGAACAACUGGCCGCCUCUCCCCGCUUUCUGUCCUGUACAACCCUGCUUCUACCAGGACAUCAAUGUGGACAUACCGCUUGAGUUCCAACGCAUUGUACGACAUUUAUAUCACCUGUGGAUGUUUCACUCCCUGGUGCUAGCCCUGAACAUAAUAGGCGGCAUGUCGUUGUUGUUCGCCGAAGGUAACUUCACAGUGUUUGGUCUGUCCAUACUAUACUUCGUGCUCCUGACUCCGUUCAGCUUCAUCUGUUGGUACCGACCCAUCUACAAGGCCUUCAGGAGCGAUUCUUCGUUCAACUUCAUGGUGUUCUUCAUCAUAUUCCUGUUCCAGACUAUCAUUACAUUGAUACAGUCCAUCGGUUUCACUAAUGGCGGCUCCUGUGGUCUCAUGACUAGUCUGAGCGCGUUCAAGACCAACGUGGGCGCCGGGAUCGUGACCCUCAUAGUGACCAUCGGCUUCAUCACCGCCGUCGUAGCUGACGUGAUGCUCAUCACCAAGGUCCACCGUAUCUACCGUUCGACGGGCGCGUCCCUAGCGAAGGCGCAGGCGGAGUUCACGUCUGAGAUCCUCCGCUCGCCGCACGUGCAGGGCGCCGCCAGCGAGGUGGCCGCCGCCGCCGUCGCCUCCAGGCUCGGAGACAAUAGAUACUAG